AUGCGCCCCACGCGGGGCGGCCGCGUUGCGCAACGGCCCGCGCGCCCACCGCCCCCCGCGUGCCCCGACAGACGCCGCCGCCGCCACCGCGUCUUCGAGGGAGGACGCCGCCCGCGCCCGCCCGGCCCGCCCGCGCCCGCCCGCGCCCACGCUCCCGCCCGCGCCGCCGCGCCCGCGCCGCGCCCGCCCGCGCCCGCCGCGCCCGCCCGCCCGCGCCCGCCCCCGCGCGCCGCCGGCGCGCGCCGCCGCGCGCCGCCCGCGCCAACCGGCCGCGCCGCCCGCCCGCCCGGCGCCCCCGCGCCAGCACGUGCCCGAGCAGCCGCGCCCCCCGCCCCGCCCGCGCCCCGCGACCCGCCCGCGCCCGCCGCCCGCCCGCCACCCGCCCGCGCCCGCACGCGCCGCCCGCCCGCGCCCCAGCCGGCCGCCGCCGCGCGCCGCCCGCCGCGCCGCUCGCGCCCGCCGCGGCCCGCGCCCGCGCUCCGCCCCGCGCCCGCCGCCGCGCCGCGCCGCUGCGCCCGCCGCACGCCGCAGCCCCGCCCCCGCCCGCGCCCGCCCGCGCCCGCCCCAGCGCCGCCCGACGCCCGCCCGCGCCCGCCCGCGCCCGCCCGCGCCCGCCCGCGCACGCCCGCGCCGCCCGCCGCCCGCUCCGCGCCCGCCGCGCCCGCCGCCCGCGCCGCGCGCCCCCGCGCCCGCCCGCGCCGCCCGGCCCGCAGCAGCCCGCCGCCGGUACGGGUGCGCCCUGACGUAGCCAAAUGGCGGCCGCGGGCACACCGACCGCACCGCCCGCGUCGCCGCCCGCGCCGCCCGGUGCCGCCCGCCGCCCAGCGCCGCCCGCGCGCACCCGCCCGACACCGCGCCGCCCCGCCGCGCCCGCCGCGCCGCCGCGCCCGCGCCAGCGCCCUGCGCCCGCCGCGGCCCGCCAGCGCCCGCCGCGCCCGCCCCGCGCCCGCCCGCGCCCCGCCGCGCUCCGCCGCGCCCGCCGCGUCCGCCGCGUGCCCCGCCGCGCCUCGGUGCCCGCCCGCGCCCGCCCGCGCCCGAGGUGCGGGUGCGCCCUGGACGGCCAAGGAGGACGGGCCGAAGGCACACAGAAAGCAUGCGCCGCAAGUGAUACCGCCCGCGCCUAUCACUACCCCGAUGCCCUCCGUGUCCUUCCUGGCCAUCUCCGUUAUGUCACCAAAGGUCAAUAUGACGCGCCCGGCGCCUCGCCCCCGCUCGCCGCCGCCCGCGUACGACGUCCCGCGACCAGCGCCGAGCCACGCGGGGGCGGCGGCGGCGGCGGCGCAGCGUGACUCGAGAAAUGAUGAAUUAGUGAAUGAGAUGAGUAUGGAAGGAGGAGCGUCAGAAAGAUUAUCCUGCCGCAAACUUAAAACCUCAAAUUCUCCGUGGAGUGACUCCGUUAAUCAGAGGGAGAAACCUGCUGGCAUGGUGGCAGAUUGCGUGUGGCAAAAAGGUCUUCGUUUAACUUGUCAAUUAGUCGAUUUGUCCCACAUCCCUGGAGGCUUGGUUGUUCCUCUGGAGAAAAUUAACCAUGGUCACCCUGUGGAUGAGAAACGGGCGUAUAACUUGGCCAUAAAGAUGGAAGUCGAGUCACAAGCCAGCAUGGGAGAGCGAAAAUCGCGAGGGCUCGCGGCAGCGGCGAUGGUGGCGGUAGCGGUGGCGGCGGCGCUGCUGGCGACGGCAUCCACCGCGAUGGCCGACGACAUCGAGGGCUGCACCUCCUACCACACGUACAUCGGCUCCCGCACAGACUGCCUCAACGCGUCCCUCACGGAGGUGCCCCGGCCGCUGCCCAGGGACUUGCACAUCCUCGACCUCUCGCACAACAACAUCUCCACGCUCUCCAACACCUCGCUGAGCCACCAGCCGCCGCUCAGCUCGCUCGAAAUGCUCAUCUUGGAUUACAACGGCAUCACGUUCGUGCACCGUGAUGCCUUCCGUCACCUGACACUGCUACGAGCAGUGUACCUCCGAGGAAACCGCAUCACCCAACUGCAUCGCCUCACUUUCUUUCACAACCUUCGCUUGCAGGAACUCUUUCUGUCAGAAAACCCCUUGGUUUUACCGUCUAAUAGAGGCUUCUUAUCUGUACGUCUCCUCCUUGUUCUGCACAUGGAUGGUUGCAACAUUACUCAUAUACCUCCCUCUGCCUUCAGCGAAACAGUUCGAUUGAGAGCACUUGUUCUAGCUAACAAUCAAAUAAGUUCCUUAGAUGAAAGACCAUUUGCCCCAAUUCCUUUUCUUAUGUUCUUGAACCUUUCCAACAAUGCAUUGCAAACUGUGCCAAGAGAUGCUUUGUCAACCUUGCAGAAUCUUAUUCGACUUGAUCUACAGGACAAUAGACUACAGAACAUAGAGGUGGAAGCACUGGCUUCAUUAGAAGGUCUCAGAAGAUUAGAACUUGAUGGAAAUCCAUUAAAAUGUGACUGUCAAUUGAAGCCUUUCAGAUUAUGGGCUCAAAAUAGGUCUUUGGCAGCUUCUGCUACCUGUGUCAAUAAGAAGUCAUGGGAUACUUUACUCAACUUGCAAUGUUAAUUUUGCAUGUAGCAAAUGUAAUAAUUUGACAAAAAUCAAUUGUACUGAAGCAGGUGGUCAUAACUAGCUCUGACAGAACCUACUUUAGAGAACUUUUCACAGAAUUUUGAAUUGUCAUUCACAACAUUUUUACAGGAUAAUAAUUAGAAAAUAAGAAAUGUUAUUAAUGUUAUUAUAAAAAUGAAAUGAAAGCAUUAUAAGUACUCAAUAUUACAAUGUAAGACUGUACCGUUCCCAGUAUUUCUCUCAUAUGUUUAUUCUUGAAAUAGUCAAUUACAAUAUCUGCCAAGUAAGGGACUCAGGGAAAAUUUAUUUUCAAAAGCUUAUAAAUAUAUUUCAAUCCAAAAUACAAUUUUUUGUAUACCAGCAUUAUAAACAACAGCUUAUUCUGCAAGAAAUCAUUCAUAAAAGGAUGGCAUUGCAUGUCCUCUGUGCUUGACCUCGACAGGUCAUCCUCACCAUCUGCCCUCACUGCCUGUCAUCUUUGUGUAAUGUCAUAAUACCAAGAAUUUAUGUUGCCAACUGCAAAACUGCUUUUGAAAUUUGUUUCCCAAAUUAAUUUUGGUUCUUUUAUAAAUUUAUAAUGCUGUUACUCAAAAAAAAAUUAGCAUAUGCAACUCAUUUACAAUGUUGCUUUCUUGUGUUGGUAAGUACUUGUUUCAAAAAUGAAAAACUUCUAACGUUGGUCAUUUUCAAAACGAGUACUUUUGCAAUAAAGAGCCUUAUAAGCUAGUUGCAAAAUGUGCUAUUUCAAAUAAAUAUUGAAAUAACCAAUAUGAUGAAAAACAAUUACAAAAAAUUGCUUCAUAAGAGCUUUUCUCCAAUGGCUUUAUUUCCAACAAGAAGAGAACUUUUGAAAAGAACUGUCAGCCAAAAACAAGACAAAGAUAAAGAAAUAUGAAAUAUGUCAAUAGGAAUGUCCUUAGCUGGCUAGCAAUCACUACCUCAUCAUUUACCAAUAUCUGUAGAUAGUACCAAUAGGAGUAUUGAAUGUGUAAAUCAACAUUUUCAAAUAUAGGCAUUUUGUGUCAAAUGUUCUUACCUUUCUUUCUCUACCUUUAAUUUGUGUGUGUGUGU